CCGCGGCCCAGGCCCGGGCCGAGCCUGCUGCUCCUCGCUAGCCUCCCCAGCCCUGCGCCUCGCCUCCCGGCCCGAGGAGGAGGUGGAGGAGGCGCCGCCUUCGCCGCGCCGCGCGCCCUCGCCGUUGUCUGCGCUGCGCUCUGGACCAGUUUGGGGAAGUUGCCCGAGACCCGUGUCGCCCAGAUGUGCGACCUCAUUGAGCCGCAGCCGGCCGAGAAGAUCGGCAAGAUGAAGAAGUUGCGGAGAACUUUGUCGGAUAGUUUCAGCCGCAUUGCCUUGAAGAAAGACGACACCACCUUUGAAGAGGUGGAUUCUUUAUCGUCUGAGCCGCCAGGGAAGCCCAAGAAUACUGGAAUAUGUGUCACAAAGAUGUCCACACGAAACUGCCCAGGAAUGGACUCAGUGAUCAAACCCCUGGACACAAUUCCUGAGGAUAAGAAAGUCAGGGUUCAGAGGACACAGAGCACUUUUGACCCGUUUGAGAAACCCACUAAUCAAGUAAAGAGGGUGCAUUCUGAGAACAAUGCUUGCAUUAACUUUAAUAAGAGCUCCUCCGCGGGCAAAGAGUCUCCUAAGGUUCGGCGGCACUCCAGCCCCAGCUCGCCAACAAGUCCCAAAUUUGGAAAAGCUGACUCAUAUGAAAAACUGGAAAAACUAGGGGAAGGAUCUUAUGCUACAGUAUACAAAGGGAAAAGCAAGGUGAAUGGAAAGUUGGUAGCCCUGAAGGUGAUCCGGCUGCAGGAAGAGGAAGGUACACCUUUUACAGCUAUCAGGGAAGCUUCUCUGUUAAAAGGACUAAAACAUGCUAACAUAGUGCUACUUCAUGACAUCAUCCACACCAAGGAGACACUGACACUUGUGUUUGAAUAUGUGCAUACUGAUCUAUGUCAGUACAUGGACAAGCACCCUGGGGGGCUGCAUCCAGAUAAUGUGAAGCUGUUUUUAUUUCAGUUGCUGCGAGGGCUGUCUUACAUCCACCAGCGCUAUAUUUUGCACAGAGACCUGAAACCACAGAACCUUCUGAUCAGUGACACGGGGGAGUUAAAGCUGGCAGAUUUCGGUCUUGCAAGAGCAAAAUCCGUCCCUAGCCACACAUACUCCAAUGAAGUGGUUACCCUGUGGUACAGACCUCCAGAUGUCCUCUUGGGCUCGACAGAAUAUUCCACCUGCCUUGACAUGUGGGGAGUUGGCUGCAUCUUUGUUGAGAUGAUCCAGGGAGUUGCUGCUUUUCCAGGAAUGAAAGACAUUCAAGAUCAACUUGAACGAAUAUUUCUGGUUCUUGGAACGCCAAAUGAGGACACAUGGCCCGGAGUUCACUCUUUACCACAUUUUAAGCCAGAACGCUUUACCCCGUACAGCUCUAAAAACCUUAGACAAGCAUGGAAUAAGCUCAGCUAUGUGAAUCAUGCAGAAGAUCUGGCCUCCAAGCUCCUCCAGUGUUCCCCAAAGAACAGACUAUCAGCUCAGGCUGCCUUGAGCCACGAGUAUUUCAGUGACCUACCCCCGCGGCUAUGGGAACUGACUGACAUGUCUUCUAUUUUUACCGUCCCAAAUGUAAGAUUGCAACCGGAAGCCGGAGAAAGCAUGAGGACCUUUGGGAAAAACAGUAGUUAUGGCAAAAGUCUAUCCAAUAGCAAGCACUGAUGCGCACAGCGUUCUCCAGAGAGCACAGGAUUAAGUUGUCAUCGUUCUGGGGAGGAAAAAAAAAAUUAAUGAAGUGGCCAAUAAUAUGAAGGGAAUCAUGGAUCAGUUUCCUUUCACUCCCUGGGGUGGAUUUCACUUAGAAGAAAAUUGAAGCUGGCAAGACCCCGUUUUCUCUGCAAUUUAUUUAAAACCUUGCACGCAUUUGGAUACCUUGUGAUUUCCAAGAACUAUGUGAAGAUUAAGUUUUGCUUACUGAUACAUGGCAUGUAUUCUUUUCAGUCUUUUGUGUUUGAUUUUGUUUGAUUUCCCUCUGCACCGCAGCGUCUCUGUAAAGGUUUUUAUGCUUUCACCAGCCAUGUCUUAAAUACAUUAAGACAACACACUUGGUGUUCACACUUCUUCAGUAAUGUCUGUACUUGAAAGCCACAUAGUGGCAUAAAACAAUGUGUGUUUUCUUUGAGAGCAGUGCACAUUUUGCAGCCACCAGGAAGGAAAAUUGUAGCUGAAGCAAACCCAUGUUCUCUGACUGACUUGACAACUUGGUCUCUGGCGGUGGAGCCCCACUUGUCUCUUCCCUUUUGAGAAGGUUUGCAAAUGUGCUUUUUUUUUUUUUUUUUCUCGGAAACAACUGCACAUUUAUAUAGGAUAUCGGAAUCUGCUUAGCAUUUUCAAGCCACAUAGCAUGACUGUUCUCUGAGCAGGCUGGAAGUGAAGAAACAAAUAUGAAACAUUAAGAACAAAGACAGGGAUAAAUCGCUUCCUUUUGAACCUCUGGAAAUGGAGGUAACUUUUUACGUGUUUUCUGGGUCUUGUCAACAUCUUAUUUUUUCCAUCCACUUUCUUAUGCUUUGUAUUUUCUAAAUGGUGAAAAGUGAAGAACAGAACGUUUGAAUCGUGGGUGCAAAAGAAUUAUAUCUUCUGGAUGAGCCCCAAGUACUGUCUUUACUAGUCAACAUUGAAAAAGCAGAUUACCAAGUUAUCCAGAGUGUGAAAUUUGCUCAUUUACACCAAAGCACCUUUGAACCACAUUUUUUUUUUAAACAUUCCAAGCUGAUUGGAAGGCAUCAUUGGGUACCCUAACUGUAAACAGUCUCCGGGAAUAACUGUACGGAUGCCGGUGUUAGAAACAAGGCUGGAGUCUUGCUUUAAAGAUGGAAAAGGGGGGAAAAAAGAAAGGCCCAGCUUCCCUUGUUUAAGAAGUUGAGAGACCUUGGAGAAUGAAGGCAAAUAUGUGACAUGGAGCGAGAUGUGGAUUGCGCAUGCGGACUUUGAUGCGGGGGAGAGCUGCCUGGCACAGGUCUGUUCCUGGUGGGGCAGCCCUCGCUGCAGAUGCCAAAUAACACGGAGGCUAAUGGGGAAGUUGGGAAGCUUCACCUAGAUCAUGAAACCUAGCUCCUCAGGACACCAGUUCCCAUGGAAAUCCUGGCGUGUACCUCGUUUUACGUUUCCUGUUAGAGAGGAGAGUUGCACUUUCUAGGAUCAAGAAUAGGAAUUACCAGCCAGCUUGACAAAGACUUUUCCCUGAGCGUCAGGUGAAGGAAAAGCUUUUCUGUGGUCAAACCCAGUACACUUAGGAAAUCAGACCCAGAAUUUCUUAACAUGAAAACGGUACUUUCCCUGGAAUGGGAUGUGAGUAUAGAUGUUAAGGUCACAAUCGAUCUUGUCCCCAAAGUAGCAUUCAUUGUAAGCUUCCAAGUGCUAAGCCAUUUACUGGUUGAUUUUAAAGAGAGGAAAAGUUAUCCAGGGCCAGAGUGUUUACUGUUUGCCACCUAGAACUCCUUCCCAUUCUUCUUUCACACAUUCCAACUCUUUGGAAGUCUGCAGAGGGAUUUUUACUUCACGUGUAUUUACAUUAGGAUUUCUUAAAGUAAGUAUGGAAAGAAAACUUGACCUGCAGUCAGAAAACAAGCCUUUCCUGUGAUUUGUCUGAAUUAUUCAUUUUAGGGGAGAGGCACAGCUUUUGUACUUAAUGAAGUUUAAACGAAGGGCAACCGAUGAUGAAGUCUUGCUACAUAAUAAGCUUUCUAACUUGAAAAUUUGAAGAUAUUUAAUGUUUAAAGACUUCAGUUAGAAAUGUGAAUUUAUUCACAGAUCUAUGACCCUAUUACUGGCAGUUUCUCUUGCAAAAUGAAAUGUGAUACUUCUCAGUAGAAGGAAUAUGUUUUAUUACAGUGACGUGUUUCAGAAGGGUCUCACUUAGGAGAUUUCUGGUUCCCCUUGCUUGCCGUUGGUACAGGACAUCCAAAGUUUCCUUCUCUUUUCUCUCCCACUUGCAACUAACUUUUCCUUUUUUUCCCCUCCUCUCACUGAGGACAGCCAUGAAAAUCACUCCAGACUGUGUUCAUGAGCAGAUUUAUUAUUCUUUUGAGAAAGCACUGGAAUGUUUUGUGAGAUAUUUUUAUAUGAAGGUUCAAACAGUUCAAACAGCUGGAAUAGUUAGAACAUGUUAGCAUGGUAGCUACAUCCGCAUGACAUGACUACACGGUGCUCCGAAAGGAAACCUGGGGCUUCGUUUCCAUUGUCUUGAAGGAAGAGUUUGGUUGACUAAAAAAUACAAGAUGCACAGGACAUGAAAAAAAAAAAAAAAUGUUUGCAGUACUCAGAAAAUAAAAAUAAACAGGGGUAUCAGGCGGGAAUGGCUGUCCAUCCAGUGACACAAGGGUGAGAAGCUAUUUCUACCUCCCAAGAGUGACAAGAAGAGGCCCCAGAGGACCCUCCAAGCUUGAAGAGGAAGCACGGUCUCUGGGUGUCCUUCCCUCAGUGUGUACGUGAUAGCCAGUGUAAUCAAUACCUUAGUAAUGAGUCUACACAAGAUAAUCACCUGUGAAUGUUACUGGUUUUGUAAUCUUUGUUAUAUAAGAGGAUGUUUAGGCUGUACAUACUGGGGUAGAUUAUUGCCUGCCCCUUAUACAUAGGAAUAUGCUGCAUAAUUGCAUAGAACUUCCAUCUCCCUUACCAGCUUGUAGGCAGAGGAAACCAUAUAUGCUACUGCCUUGCAGUUUUCUCAGACACCAAAAACCAAACCAAACAAAAUCAAAUCAAAUAAGCAAUUUCCUCAUUCCCUUCCUAUAGCAGCAUAUUUUAGAGGCACAUAUGAAAACUAAAUUCUCUAGUUGGGAGUGGAUUUUUUAAAUUUUUCUUUUUAUCUUUUUUUUUUUUUUUAUAUGAUACACUGAAAUGUGUACUUUCUAACAGGCAGUUGGUACCUAAGAAAUGAGCUAGCAUCAUUCAGAAAACUAUUAUCCUUCAAAAUGACACAUAGUAAAGGAGAAUGGAAUAAUACAUGUUGCAUAUUUGUUACCAGUUGUAAUUUGUCUGUAUUAUGAAAGACGUAAUGGUUUGUCAACUGUCACUGUUGUUUUCUUGUAACAUGAUAUGGAAUAAAGUAUAGCAGAAUCUCUGUA